AUGGAAAGCCACAAAAACAGAGUUAAACUCAAUGUUGGUGGAAAAAAGUUUGAAACUACGGCCACAACCUUAUUGGGUGCUGGAAGGAAUUCAUUCUUUGGAGCCAUGUUUGAUGAGAAUUGGAACCUGCAUUCCGAUGGGCCGAUCACUGAACACUUCAUCGAUAGAAAUCCUGAUUAUUUUGGUGUCCUUUUGGACUUACUCAGAACAGGGGAGCUUUAUAUUCCUCAAAAUAUCGAUAAGAAGAUCCUAUACAGAGAGGCCGCGUAUUAUGGCAUUUUGGAUAACGUUAGGUCAGCUGAGUGUGAUACAUUUGAUGGAAAUAGACUCCGGCUGGUAAAGUCCAUAACGGUCUUUCCAUCAGGGGGUGGUAAGGUCACACCAGCCAUUCGGGCCAGUCUGGAUGGCUGGUGCUGUGUGGCUCAGGGUAGUAUGGUUCAUGUGUAUGACUGGAUGCUUGAAGAACACCCUACAAUCAGUCUUGAUUACCAUAAGGUGAACGAUGUUUGUUGGGUUAACUCCGAAAGUAUUGUUGUUAGCUUUGAUGAAGAUCUAGCUAAUGGAGGCAUGGGGUUAUUCAGUGCAUCCAAUGGGGAAUUGAAGUACAAAUUUCAGGUUACUGAUUAUAUGAAAGGUUUAGGUCCAAGUAAUUACAUAAAUAGUGCAAUAGAUUUUAGCUCGGAUUACAAGCUGUUCUCGAGUUGGGAAAGCACUACUAGUUAUGGCCAUAGAAUUGGCGUUUGGGAUAUAGUCACGGGUAAGCUGAUGGAUUUCCUAUGUUGUCCACCUGAUUGCUCGCGUAAAAAUGCUACCAGGCUGCAAUGGUUACAUGAUACCAACUGUGUGAUGGCUGUUUAUUCCCAUCCAAAGAAUGAUAUCUGCUUGUUUGACAUUAGACAAAGAAAUAUGGUUUGGACAUUGGAUAGGGAUCGCAAGAAGCAGUACCUUGCUGAUAUUGAAGAUGCAAUCGCGAUAGAGGAGAGUAGUUCGAUUUGUGUAGUAGAUUGGAAUGAGUGUUUGAGUUUCAUGGAUUUGAGGAGUACUGAUCGGAGUGUAAAUUGGAGAAAAUCUACCAAGGGUGUUGCCCCUUCCCAUUUUCGUGUGAAUAUAAAAACUUGUUAUCCCAAAUUGGCAUAUCACAAGGGGCAACUGUUUUCAUCAAUGGAAGAUAGAAUUUCAGUUUAUUGUGGUUCUAAUUGGAUCGUAACAUCAGAGUUUCGACAGAGUCAUGGUGGUUCAAUUUGUGAUUUUUCAAUUGGUGGUGACCGUCUUUUUGCUCUCCGUAAAGAAGAAAAUGUUAUCCAUCUAUGGGAGACCCCUCGUCCACCAAUUAUAUGA